GAUGAUGAUGUUGUUCGGCUUCUUCAUUCUCUUUCAUGUGCGAAAUAUAAGAUUCUAAUCAAGGAGCCAAGCACCAAAAUGAUUUCUCCAACUGAUGUCUUUGAGUUCAACUCAAAGUUCACUGACAAAAUGAGGAGGAUCAAGAUACCUCUCCCGCCCGUGGAUGAGAAGAAAAAGGUAAUUGAAGAUGUUGACAAGGAUAGGCGGUAUGCUAUAGAUGCUUCAAUUGUGCGUAUUAUGAAGAGUCGUAAAGUAUUGGGCUACCAGCAACUAGUCAUGGAGUGUGUUGAGCAGUUGGGACGCAUGUUCAAGCCUGACGUCAAAGCUAUCAAGAAGAGAAUUGAAGAUUUGAUAACUAGAGAUUACCUAGAGAGAGACAAAGAUAACCCGAACUUGUUCAAAUACUUGGCAUGAUUUGCACAGAUCAUAGUGAAAUGAGGAUGUUUGUAUGCACUUCUGCAGUCGACAUGGGAGGAGAAACAUCCUGUCCAAGUCGAACUUCUGUAAAUCCUGCCUCCCUGAUUGCGUUGCAUCAGGAGCUUGAUACUUUUUGUACAAUAUGGCUAAGAUCGCCGCAAGAGGUAAAAAAGCCUCAGAUAUUUGAGAUGAGAUUUGCCUAGCUUCUUCCAAUCUUUUAUGGCCCUUUUUGCUUGCUCUAUUCUGUGUUUUCUAUGCAUCUUGAGUUUUGAGUAAAUGUAAUAUUCCAGCGAACGACUUCCCCUUCUUGGAUUCAGCACUAAUUUCUUUUUAGAUCA